GCUGAAAUGGCUGCAAUGAUUCCGUGUGCUGCCCCUGGUGUUCUUCGAUUACAGCCUCUGCGGUCUUUUGCUGCUCCUGCUCAGAGACGAUGCUUGCAAAGGGGAAUGUCGCUUGUCAGGGCAGCCACUACGGUUCCUAGCGAGUACAAGACACUUGCUCCGGUUGGCGAGCGUGUUCUUGUAAAGGUGGACGUCAGCGAGGAAAAGUCCGUUGGGGGCAUCCUUCUUCCUUCCAGCGCACAGAAGAAGCCCACACAAGGUCAAGUGGAGAAGGCUGGGACAGCCAAGGCUGUCAAGGACGGAGAGAAGGUUGUCUACUCCAAGUAUGCAGGCACGGAGCUGAAAAUGCAAGGCACGGAGUAUGUCAUUCUCAAGGAGGAUGAUGUCAUUGGCAUUCUGGCAUCUGACAACAUAGCAGACUUGAAACCGCUGGGCGACCGCCUUUUGGUGGAGGUUGAGGAGGGAAAGGACGAGACAGAUGCCGGCCUGCUCUUGACAAGCUCAACCAAGGAACAGCCCACCAUUGGCAAGGUCAUUGCUGUGGGCAGCGGAAAGGAGGAUGAGGAUGGCAAGAUUGUAAAACCAAACCUGAACAAGGGAGACACAGUGCUAUACAGCAAAUACAGCGGGACAGAGUUCUCCGGCCAGGACGACAAGCAGUACAUUGUCAUCCGGGAAAGCGAUGUGCUCGCCUCCAUUUCAUGAGCAGCAGUAACGAAAUACUUUUCAAGAAAAGAUUCUGCUUAUGUUUUACAAACGCACCAUGUUGUUGUGUCUUUUGGUGAGCAGCAAUGGUGUAGAUGACAGAACAUCAUUUGUGAUGUUCUUACAAGUGCUUAUAUCUGGAUCCUUAUGGCUCGCCAUGAAGGGGAGAAUCUUUGAGAAUGCUGAGGUUAGGCAGCUGUUGCUUCUGUAACCCUAAAGACAG